AUGUCCAGCUAUCGUGUCCACGUCCCGGAGGAGAAGCUGGUCACGCUCAAGAUCAAGCUAGCCCAAGCGGAAUUCCCCGACGAACUCGACGGAGCAGCAUGGGAUUACGGCGCUCCUCUGGCCCAGGUCAAACGCCUCGCGAAGCGGUGGCAACGUGAUUUCGACUGGCGCGCGCAGGAAGCCAGACUGAACGAAUUGCCAAACUUCCGGUGAGCAUCGUAGCGAAGUGCAGAAAUGCAAUCCUGACGUCCUCCUCCUAAGAGCACCGGUCAAUGUAGAAGGCUUCGGGCAGCUCAACAUCCAUUACUUGCACCAGCCGUGUGAGAAUAGCGACGCCAUCCCACUGCUUUUCGUCCAUGGCUGGCCCGGAAGCUAUCUCGAAGUCCAGAAGAUGCUCCCAUUGCUCCGCCAAUCCAAUCAAGGCGUUUCCUUUCACGUCGUAGCCCCCAGUCUCCCCAACUUCGCCUGGAGCGAUUCUCCCAAGAAGACCGGCUUCGGUCUUGCCCAAUAUGCUGAAGUCUGCGAUCAGCUCAUGCAGAGCCUCGGAUACUCCCACUAUGUCACUCAGGGUGGCGACUGGGGCUUCUACAUCACGAGGGCCAUUGGUCUCCGCUACCCGCAGCGCUGCCUCGCUUCUCACAUUAACAUGAUACGCGCCAGCCAGCCCACUUUCACCAAGCACCCCUUGUUGGCACUGCAGCACGCUCUCACGCCCUACAGCGAAGCAGACAGGAAAGGCUUCGAGCGAUCGCAGUGGUUCGCCAACGAAGGCAGCGGCUACCGUGUUCUACAGGGCACGAAGCCGCAGACCCUCGGCUACGCACUGCACGACUCUCCAAUCGCCCUGCUCGCCUGGAUCUACGAGAAGCUGCACGAUUGGACGGACGGGUAUCCGUGGACCGAUGAUGAGAUUCUGACCUGGGUUUCCAUAUACUACUUUUCCACAGCCGGGCCUGCGGCGAGCGUGAGGAUUUAUUACGAAGCCAUCCAUGUCAAGCCCGGUGGCAUCAGUCGCGAACGCACGCAGGAGUGGAUCCCCAAAGUCAAGCUUGGUCUCUGCCACUCGCCUCGAGAGUUGACAGUCGUGCCGUCCACUUUUGCUCGCACGCUUGGUCCCGUCGUGUAUGAAGAUCGUACAAGCCGCGGAGGUCAUUUUGCAGCGUUCGUUUGAUCAUCCUGUCCUGAUUUUGUUGCCAAUGCUGACUGGUUUUCCAGAUGGGAGAUGCCGCAAGAGGUGGUCAAGGACCUCCGAGCAAUGUUCGGAAAGAAUGGCAAGUGCUACAGGAUCACAGGCCCACAGUCCAAGUUGUGA